AGCUAUGGGACAAACGGUUUUUUCUAACCCACGCCACGCCACGCCACGCCACACUCCCUGCAAACAUACGCCUUUCUUCCCUUCCCUUAUCUGUUUUGUUAUAAAAUCUCUCUAUCUCUCUGUCUCUCCAGUGCAAAUGCUUUAAGUUAAUUAUAUUUUUUAUGGGUGAUUGAUCAACAAUCAUGCCAAAGAUUGCUAGGACACAGUCCUUGUUGCUUCAACUCGCUUUCACUUCCUUUUUCUUGUUGAGCUCUGUGAAUGGUGGGAAUGUAGGGAUCACAAGUACUUUCAUUCGCUCAGAGUGGCCAUCUGUUGACAUCCCUCUCGACAAUGAGGCCUUUGUAGUUCCAAAGGGUCAUAAUGCACCACAACAAGUGCAUAUCACCCAAGGUGACUAUGAUGGAAAGGCUGUAAUCAUCUCAUGGGUGACAGCUGAUGAACCAGGGCCCAGUAAAGUACAAUAUGGUACAUCAAAGAAUGGAUAUGACUUUAUUGCCGAGGGAACAGUGACAAACUACACCUUUUACAAAUAUAAGUCAGGCUACACCCAUCAUUGUCUCGUUGAUGGCCUCCAGUAUAGUACCAAGUAUUAUUACAAGAUAGGGAGUAGUGAUUCUUCUCGAGAAUUUUGGUUUCAAACACCACCAAAGAUUGAUCCAGAUGCUCCUUACAAAUUCGGGAUCCUUGGUGAUUUGGGUCAGACAUACAAUUCUCUUUCCACUCUUGAGCAUUACAUGCAGAGUGGAGGGCAGACUGUCUUAUUUGUUGGAGAUCUUUCUUACGCUGAUAGAUAUGAGUACACUGAUGUCGGUUUAAGGUGGGACACAUGGGGUCGAUUUGUUGAACGAAGUGUAGCAUAUCAGCCUUGGAUUUGGUCUGCAGGAAAUCAUGAAAUAGAGUACAUGCCUUAUAUGGGAGAGGUUAUUCCUUUUAAAUCCUAUCUUCAUCGAUAUACUACACCUUAUAUGGCAUCCAAAAGCAGCAGUCCUCUUUGGUAUGCCAUCAGACGUGCUUCUGCUCAUAUAAUUGUGCUAUCUAGCUAUUCACCAUUUGUGAAGUACACACCUCAAUGGAUGUGGCUCAAAGAAGAAUUGAAAAGGGUUGACAGGGAGAAGACCCCUUGGCUCAUUGUUCUUAUGCACAUUCCAAUCUACAAUAGCAAUGAAGCACACUACAUGGAGGGUGAAAGUAUGCGGGCCAUAUUUGAGAGUUGGUUCAUCCAUUACAAAGUUGAUGUAGUCUUUGCAGGCCAUGUCCAUGCUUAUGAAAGAUCUUAUCGAAUCUCAAAUAUACGCUACAAUGUUACAAGUGGUGACCGAUACCCUGUACCAGACAAAUCAGCACCUGUUUACAUAACAGUUGGAGAUGCAGGAAAUCAGGAAGGUCUUGCUGGAAGGUUCAGAGAUCCACAACCAAAUUACUCUGCAUUCCGAGAAGCUAGUUAUGGUCAUUCUACGUUGGAGAUUAAAAAUAGGACGCAUGCAUUCUACCAUUGGAACCGUAAUGACGAUGGGAAAAAACUGGCAACUGAUUCAUUCAUUUUACACAACCAGUACUGGGCAAGCAAUAGAAGGAGAAAAUUGAAGAAGCAUUAUUUAAGCAGUGAUGUUGGCGACAUUGCCACUUAUUGAUAAGAGUUCAAGCAUCCCAGAUAUGGUGGCUUGAUAAGGGAAUGGAGUUGCAGAGAAAGAUUGGAUUGACCUAGCAAAUUAUUUGUAUUCUCUACAAAGAUGCUACUGGCCUUUCUUGGCUAAUGAUUAUGUCCUUACCAAAAAGGAGAAUAUUGCACAUCUUAAUUUUGGAACUUGUAAUUAUAACCAUUGUGAAAGAUGCAUUUAGUCCAUUUUUAUCAUUAUCCAA